GGCGGAGUACACACGUGCCGUAUAGUUUUCCGACGCGCUCUCCACGCGGUUCGCACUUCGUAAUUAAACACGAUACCAAACUUCAAAGACAAGAACUUUUUCAUAAGUUUUUUAACACAAUUUUCUAUGGUUACAAUAAUUUAAACAUUUUCUAGUUUGUGAUUAGAUUGUGAAUGAUUAUCCUGUGAUCCGAGAAUUAAAAGAUCCACAAGAAGAUGAGUUAUCAUUCAAAGAUACGAAAAUGUCAAUUGAAGGAAUCACUUAAUUGAAUGACAUUUAUCCAUGUAAUUAAUAUCAGUUUAGUGUUGUGUUACAUAUUAAAACAUAAGUGAUACGCUAGUGUAUGUGAAAGUAUCUUCAUAAAUAUGGCGCUUCAAGGGCCUCUUCUGUUCUACGUAUUCACAACAUUAAUCACAGUUUGUACGAGGCAACCAUUAACAACUGCACUGUUGACUAGCACUGAAGUCGGUCCAGCGGUUGAAACGACUCAGGGUAUGCGAACAAAUAGUACAAUGUUCGCGUGGAGCUCGUGGGGCGCAUGGGGCGCGUGCUCGCGCACGUGCGGUGGUGGCGUGGCCGUGCAGGAGCGACAGUGUCUGCCGCGGGACCCCACAAGAUGGCGUCGCAGCAGGAAGAGAAGAAAGCUGACGAGAAGCGUUGAUUUCAUCCGGCGGUCUAGGAACGUUAUCACAAGACCGGAACCGGACUGCGUGGGCCUGGGGCGCCGCUACCACGAGUGCAACACCGCGCCAUGUCCCGGCAGCAAGAGGGACUCGCGAGCCGAGCAGUGUGCGGUAUACGACCGCAGGCCCUUCCGAGGUCGCUUCUACACCUGGGUGCCUUAUGUCGAUGGAAAUGCUCCUUGCAUUCUCAACUGCAGACCACGUGGGCAGCAGUUCUAUGCCUCAUUAGCGCUUGUAGCAGACGGCACGCCCUGCACUAAGCCGGGAUUCAGAGCAAUUUGCGUGCAAGGAAGCUGUAAGGUGGUAGGCCGUGAAAGUGUCCUUGCUUCGACGGCCAACCGCGAGCUACGGUGCGGCCGGCGGCUGGUGUCGGGGCUGUUCACGCGGCCGCGGCUGCCGCUCGGCUACUCGCACGUGGCCACUGUACCGCGCGGUGCCUGCCGCCUCAACGUCUCCGAGAUACUUCCUAGUGACAAUUAUAUCGCGUUGAGGGUGACGAAUGGAUCAUACAUUGUAAACGGCGACUUCGCGGUGAGUGCGCCCGGGACAUACGAGGCGGCGGGCGCGAGGUUUCUCUACUCACGUAACGCUGGUCUCGAUAAUGUUUUCGCCAUGGGACCUGUACAUCAAUCCAUCGAUAUAAUGGUGUUAUAUACACAACCAAAUCCAAACAUAAAGUACGAAUACCUGACUGAUUCACCACCCGAAGAUACUUCGAACGACAUCCCGAUCACGAGCGUACACCACCAGAAUGCGCGGCAUCAUCGCCACCACGCCGACUCACAUACCAGGGCUCUAGACAAAUCUGAACCGUCCCUUGCCAAGCAGCCAGAGUUCUCCUCGGUAGAGAGCCAAUAUCAAAUAGACAGUAACGUCAUUGGAGACAGAAAGUUUGUCUGGAAAGUGGUAUCGUUUACACAAUGUACGCGGACAUGCGGCGGAGGGCUGCAGAUUGGUAAAUACAAGUGCGUGGAAGUAGGCGAUAAAGACAGGGAAGUGUCGCCAGCACAUUGCUCUGGCAGCUCGCCCCCCGCAAGGCGCAGACGCUGUGGAACGGCACCCUGCCCACCAAGGUGGAGGGCCGCCGCCUGGGGGCCCUGCCCUGUCUGCGGUCCCGCUCAUCGUACCAGAAUUGUCGGCUGUGUACAAGAUCAUGCAAGAGGAAUUACUAAGAUAAGCGAUCAAAAAUGUCCCCUACCGAUGCCACCGAGCAGUGAACCGUGUGAUAUACCGAACUGUGACGGCACGGCUGUCAAAACGAAUACGGAGGCGCGUCUAGACGCGAGGCGUCAGGUGCGCCCCAAGGAUCGCACAGAGACCUUCCGAGAGGGACCAGUCAUAUCCCUCGCUGCGAACGUGACGGAGAACGAAGUCACACCUACCAUGGAUUCGUCGUCAUUUAGUUAUAGCGCACCAGGAGGAUGGCUUUACACUGAAUGGUCCGAGUGUGUGGGGUGGUGCGUGGGUGGCGGAGUGCAGUCCCGCGGCGUGCGCUGCGCGGACCCCACUGGCUGCUCCUCUCACAGAGCACCGCACGCGUCGCAAGCUUGCACUCCCAAGAAGCAGUGUGAUGCGCAGUGGUUCACUGGCGAGUGGUCACCAUGCUCCGCGGCUUGCGGCGGCCGACAAGUGCGUGGUGUGAUCUGCGUAGGCGGCAACGGCAGGAGACUUCGUGACGGCUCUUGUCGCACGCCGCGCCCUGAAGCUGAACGAGCCUGCGGAGGGACAUGCGCGCCCUCGUGGUACCUUAGUGAUUGGGGAGAGUGCUCUGGUCCCUGCGAAGCGGGCAUUCAAAGCCGCACCGUGUGGUGCUUACGUGGCGGCGAAGCGGGCGCUAGUGGGGCCGCACGGGACGCGGCAUGCGCCGGGUUGCGGCCGCCAGCACGCCGCUCGUGCGUGCCGCCACGAUGUACCACCACACCUGAACUCAAGCCUGCGGUUAUCACGCCUGUGUCGGUUACAGAUCCUCAAAGGGUGACAAGACACCAAAGUCAUAACACACAGAACUUCAAGGAACGAUCGCCGGUGAAAGGUGCGUGUGCAGACAAACUGAGCAACUGCAUGCUAGCUGUGCAGGCGCGGCUCUGUCAUUAUCCGUACUACGCCGACUACUGCUGCCACUCCUGCCACGGACGAUAAAAACUUUACUAUUAUGGUUACGCGUGCGAGUGGAAAGCGAGUAAGGAAGCGACUACACGGGGUUAGACCUAUGACUCAUAGUAUUGUGAUAUAAAAUGUACGCAUAGUGAGUUCUAUGAUCGGUGAAGUACCACACUUAGAUCCGAAUGCACGAGAAAGCAGCAUUUGCCGUUUAAGGCCCUUUACUAACUCUAUGUGUCCAUACCUUUAUGUAAACGCACAAAGAUAGGGUAACGUAAAAGGCCUUUAAAACAAACAGAUGCCAAUCUAAACAGCGAUACACUAAUAUUAUUUAAUUACGUUGUUUACAACUUUAACACAACUGAGUAGAGUUCAUAAUAGCUUACUCAUUUUAUCAUAUGAUAGUUUAGCGAAGAAAUUACAUUCAGUUUCUUUAAGUAUUAGGAAUAGUGUCAUGAUCUCCAGACUAUAGUUGAGUUAUAAAGUAGAUCUGUCAAAGUAAACUGUUCGAAUCGAUU